AUGUCGAGCGUGAGAACCCGGCGGCAAGCAGCUGCUAUUUCAACUCCUACCACUCCAUCUCCCGCUCCUAGAGGAGAACAAAAAGCCAUGAAUGGCAAUGGUUUAGCUCACGGAGCUACGAGGGAGAAAGAGCCCAAGGAGAACAUCUUUGUGUUCUGGCCGAACGUUAUCGGAUAUGCGCGAAUCGUUCUCGCUUUUGCAUCGUUAUACUACAUGCCUCUCCACCCGAAAACCUGCACCUUCCUAUACAGCGUGUCCUGCCUCCUCGAUGCGCUCGAUGGUUACGCAGCUCGAUACUUUGAACAGUCGACCAAAUUUGGAGCUGUAUUGGAUAUGGUGACGGAUCGUUGCACAACGUCUUGCUUAAUCGUCUUCCUCGCAUCUGCCUGGCCUCGAUACGCUCUCGUAUUCCAAGGGCUUAUCUCCUUGGAUCUGGCAAGCCACUACGUUCAUAUGUUUGCUACCUUGAGUAUGGGAGGCUCGGGUCAGAGCCACAAGACAGUGGAUGUUUCCAGGAGCAAGAUUCUGAAUCUGUACUACACGAACAAGACUGUUCUAUUCAUCUGCUGCUUCCUCAAUGAAGCAUUCUUCAUUGCGCUAUACCUCCUCUCCUUCUCCUCGCCCUACCUCUCCCCCUCCCUCCUCGAAGUCAAGAAACUUGGCCAGCCCGGAGUGACUCUACAACCGGGAAGCCCAUCCGGUGCUUCAGCAUCAUCACUGAUUUUCGCCAAUCCCCACAGCGCAGCAGCUUUGGAGCUGGCACGCGCAAACAAGAUGGACUCGUUCGUACCAUGGGUUGUCGCUGGUGUCAGCCUUCCGGUUAUGGCGUUCAAGCAAUUUGUCAACGUCGUACAAUUGGUCAAGGCUAGCAGAUGGUUGGCGGAAGGAGACCGCGAAACGAGAAGGGCUGCUGGUUUGCCAAGAAAGAAGAACUCUCGCAAGAUCAAGUGA